AAAUUUUGCCAACUUCAUGUUCAAGAUGGCAGCAUGGCUGUAUACGGGUUCCCACUGUAUGUUUUCCGAGAUGAUUCACUCAAUGGCCGACACUAUCAACCAGCUGAUCCUGGCUUGGGGAGUCCAUCAGUCAAUCAAGCGACCAGAUCCAAACCACCCGUAUGGCUACUCGAACAUGAGGUACGUGUCGUCGCUCAUCAGCGGCGUCGGCAUCUUCUGCUUCGGCACUGGUCUGUCCGUCUACCACGGCAUCAAGGGCCUCGUGCACCCGCAGGAGAUCGAAUCACUCUACUGGGCCUUCUUCGUGCUUGGCGGCUCCCUGCUCUCAGAGGGAU